AUGAAGGCCAAAGUUAUCUCCGCAAACUCAAAACUUCUCGACAUCAUUGAUGUCGUCCGAACUCGAAGCACUGAUUCUACCGAAAACGUAAACGCUUUCGUAAAAUCGUCUCCACUCCUUUCGUCAGCUAUGGGAACAGUCACACAUGCAUUGGACUGGAGGAACAAGGAAGAGACCACUAUCUUCCGCUCCCGGCCUGGUGCUUCGGACAUUCCAGAUAUUUUCACCAUCCAAAGGUGCGAUGCCUUCGAAGACAGCGAUAGCGACGACGAGUAA